CCGAAUGUGAUUCCAAAGUCAGCAGAGACUUUGCGUCGGGAGAGGCCCAAGUAAAGAGGAGGUCAGAGUUGCCUUCAAAGUUGCUUCCACUAAAUAUAUCCCAAGCUCUGGAAAUGGCACUGGAACAGAAGGAAUUAGACCAAGAACCUGGAGCAGGAGUUGACAGUAGCCUGAUCCGGAUUGGGGCCAGCUGCCAGAACCCAGGAUGUGAUGCUGUAUACCAAGGCUUAGAGAGUGAUGCUACUCCAUGUACCUACCACCCUGGAGCACCUCAAUUCCAUGAGGGGGUGAAAUCUUGGAGCUGUUGUGGCAUCCAGACCCUGGAUUUUGGGGCAUUCCUGGCACAGCCAGGAUGCAGAGUUGGUAGACAUGAUUGGGGGAAGCAGCUGCCGGCAUCUUGCCGUCAUGAUUGGCAUCAGACAGAUUCCUUAGUAGUGGUGACUGUAUAUGGCCAGAUUCCACUUCCUGCAUUCAACUGGGUGAAGGCCAGUCAAACUGAGCUUCAUGUCCACAUUGUCUUUGAUGGUAACCGUGUGUUCCAAGCACAGAUGAAGCUCUGGGGGGUCAUAGACGUGGAGCAGAGCUCUGUCUCCUUGAUGCCAUCUCGGGUUGAAAUUUCCCUGGUCAAGGCUGACCCAGGAUCCUGGGCCCAGCUGGAGCACCCCGAUGCACUGGCUGAGAAGGCUAAGGCAGAGGUUGGGUUAGAGAUGGAUGAGGAAGAGUCUGAGGAUUCAGAUGAUGACUUGAGCUGGACAGAGGAGGAGGAAGAGGAGGAAGCAAUGGGGGAAUAGUGACACCAGACAGUCAAGUGUCUAGAUAGGACCUCAGUGACUCCCUUAGGAUUUCAGAGACCAGGGUAUGGUUGGCCAUGGAGUGUCACUGAGCAGCAGGAGGCAGAAGGAGGGGAGAACAAAAGUGUCCAAACCAUGCUGUUUUUUCCCAAUAAAUCUUGUAUUCUGCAGUUUCACAUAGUGUCGUUCUCUCACCUCACUAUCUAAGAUUGCAUUCAUUCCCUCCAGCUUCUGUGUAUGUGUGUAACACACAUGUGUGAAUACAAGCACGUGCAAUCAAUUCUUCACAACCACCAAGUAUUUACUGAGUACUUACUACGUGCCCAGUUACAUGUUAGGUGGUUUAGAGGUAUCUGAGAAGCAGUAGACUUACUCAUUCCUCUUGGGAAAAUUGUAGUGUGGUUGACAAGUCAAGGCUAAUCCACAUGAGAUAAUAAUAAAUAUUAUAAGUAGUUUAACUGAGUGCUAAAUUGUGCAGUACAAUUUUCAAAGCUAUAGGAGUUGAGAGAAUGGAGUGAUUAAUGUGGACUGUAGUAGAAAGGGAAAACACCAUGGAACAAGUACAUUUUUUACAACUUUAAUUAAAUAUAGUACACAUCCUAUACAAUUUACCCAAGUGUAAGUGUAAAAUUCAGGGUUUUUUUUAGUAUACUCAGAGUUGUGCAGCCACAAUCAAUUUUAUUUUUAUUUUUUUGGCCACACUGCAGCAUCUUCGUUCCCCAACCAGAGAUCGAACCCAUGCCCCUGCAGUAGAGCACAGAGUGUUAACCACUGGACCACCAGGGAAGUCCCAACCACAAUCAGUUUUUGCCAUUCCCAAAAGAAACCCUAUACCCAUUAGCAGUCACUCCCAAUUUCCCCUCAAACUGAUAGCCCUAGGCAACCACUGAUCUACUUUCUGCCUCUAUGGAUUUACCUAUUCUGGAUAUUUCAUCCAAUAUGUGGUUUUUUGUGACAGACUUCUUUCACUUAGGAUAAUGUUUUCAAGGUUCAUCCAUGUUCAUACAACAUGAUGCUCAUCCAACAUCAGUACUUUGUUCCUUUUAAUGACCAAAUGAUAUUUCAUUGUGUGGAUAUAACACUUGUUUAUCUCUUCAUCACUUGAGGUAUAUUUGGAUUGUUUCUACUUUUUGGCUAUUACGAGUAAUGCUCCUGUAAUAAUGCUCCCAUGAGCAUUCAUGUUCAAGUUUUUAUGUGGACCUAUGUUUUCAUUUCUCUUAGAUAUAUAUCAAGUAUAAUUGGAGUGUAAUUUCUGGGUCAGAUGAUAACUUUUAACCUUUUGAAGAAUUGCCAGACUGUUUUUCAAAGAGGCUGCACCAUUUUACAUUCCCAUCAGCUGUGUAUGAGGGUUCCAAUUCUCUACAUCCUAGAUAGCACUUGUUACCUGUCUUUUAUUUAAAUCACAGCCAUCCUAGUGGGUGUGAAGUGGAAUAUCAUUGUGGUUUUAAUUUGCUUUUUCCUGAUGGCUAAUGAUGCUGAGCAUCUUUACAUGUGCUUGUUGACCAUUUUUAUAUCUUAUUUGGAGAAAUGUCUAAACCAAACCUUUGUCCAUUUGUUAAUAGGGUUGUUUGUCUUUUUAGUGACUUUUUAAAAAAUAUGUUCUAGUGACAAAUCUCUUGUCAGAAACAUGAUUUAUAAAUAUUUUCUCCCAUUCCCUAUGUUGUCUUUCUACUUCCUUGGUGUCUUUUGAUACACAAAAGUUGUAAAUUCUUAGGAAUUCUAAUUUAUCCAUCUUUCCUUUGGUUGCUUAUGCUUUUGAUGUCAUAUCCUAGAAACCAUUGCCUAAUACAUGGUCAUAAAAAUUCAUUCCUGUGUUUUCUAAGAAUUUUAUAGUUUCAGCUCUUUCAUUUUGGUCUUUGAUCCAUCUUUUUAAAAAUACUUAUUUAUUUGGCUGCACUUGGAAUCUUCAUUGUGUUAUGUGGGAUCUUCCAUUGCAGCACACGAACUCUGGUUAUGGCACGUGGGCUCCAGAGCACAGGGACUUCAGUAGUCAUGGCACAUGGGCUUAGUUGCUCCACGCCAUGUGGGAUCAUAGUUCCCCCACUAGGGAUCAAACCUGUGUCCCCUGCAUUGCCAGGUAAAUUCUUAAAAGUUUUUGUAUGUGGUAUGAGGUAGGUGUCCAACUUUAUAUUUUUGCCUAUAGGUAUCCAGUUGUCCCAGCACUGUUUGUGGGAAAGACUAUUCUGUCCCCACUGAAUUGACCUGGCACCCUAGUUGAAAAUCAAUUAACCAUAAAUGUGAGGGUUAAGAAAUAUAUUUUGAGUGGAAAUUUGAAGAAUAAGAAAUUUGGAUGGCUAUGGAAGAGUUGGGAGAGCCAGGCUUGGGUAGGAAGGUGUUCUAUUUUACUUUUUAUGUUUUAUUAUAAACUCCAAAAGCAAUACAUUGUCAUUGUAAAAGACAAUACAGAAAUGUGUAGAGUAAGAAGUAAGAAUUCUUUGGAUUCUCUCCAAACUUAGUUCUUUUGUGGUUUGUAACCACUGCUAACAUAUCAGAGGAUUUUUUUUUUUUUUUUGGCCA